AUGACAAACACUAAAGCAGUAGUUGUAGACACUGGCACAGAUUACUUCAAGUGUGGCUUUUCAGGGGACCCAUGGCCUUCCUGCAUUGUUUCAUCUACCAUUGGUAAGCUCACACAGGAGACUGGGAACAAUCCAAAAGAAACCUUUGUUUGAAGAGAGCUUCAGAAUAGCAGUGUACCCUUAGCACUCAUCAACCCAAUAAAACAUGGCAUAGUGGUGGACUGGAACUGUCUCCAAGAUACUUUGCAGUGUAUUUUCCAGCAUGAGAUGAAGAUUCAGCCAGAGGACUAUGCUGUUCUGAUGUCAGUGCCUCCUCUGUGUUCCAUGACUGACAAGAAGAAAUACGCGGAGAUGAUGUUUGAAGGACUCCACGUGCCUGCUGUCCACGUUGCCUACCAGUCCCAUUUAUCCAUGUACUCUUAUGGAAAAACCUCAGCUCUUGUGGUGGAAAGUGGCCACAGCCUUUCACACGUGGUUCCCAUCUGUAAUGGCUACGUGCUAUGCAGUAUCACUGGGAGGGUAGAGUACGCCAGCUUAGACAUCACAUGUUUACUCAUGUAGUUACUCAACAAGUCUGGAAACAAGUUCACAGAACUAAAUGUCAUACAAGAUCUCAAAGAGAAGUGCUGUUACACUUCUCUGGACCUUAAAUGGGACUUGAGUGUGCCUGUCCAGAACCAACAAAUGGAUUACAAGCUGACAGAUGGACACCUUGUCACUGUAGGCAAGAAGAGAUUCCUCUGUGCAGAUGCGCUCUUCACACCUUCCUUACUUGGCUCACAGCAGCGAGGGCUCUUGCAGCUGACACUCAGCUGCCUCAAGAAGCGUGAUGCUGCCACCCAAAAAAGUGUGCUGGGUAACAUCCUGCUGUGCAGGGGCAGCACUAUGAUGGAGGGCUUUGCCAACUGCUUCCAGAUGGAAUUGGACAGGAUGUGGCCCACUGACAAGCUCAUCACAGCUGCAUCCCCUCACAGGAAGGCUUCAGUUUGGAUUGGUGAGUCUAUUCUGGCCUCACUGCACUCCUUCCAUCAUCCGGGUUCACAGAGUGAAUAUGAAGAACAAGGUCCUUCCUGCAUCUUAAAGAAGUGCUUCUGA